AUGGCAAAUAAUGGAAUGUUCAAAAUUGACAGAACCCACCUUCCAUCUAGCAGUGGCGUUGAAUUUUGCAAAAAUACCAACAGUGGUCAAUGUACAAAGGCAGAGGAUGCUGCCACUAAGUCUAGCCAUACCAUCUAUCCAGGUAGGCUUUGUGCCAAAAAGGAAUAUUCCAAUUUAGCUGAGAGGAUGGACAGUGAUCAUAAUAAUGAUACCGAUGUACAAAAAUGUAGCAAUUUCAAUUCUGCAUCACUCCUCGUCUACCCACACAUUUUAUCAAGGCAGCAUUUGCUAACAAUCUUUGAUCAGAGAGGAAUUAGCGUUGAUCGUAGUCUGGAUAAGAUUGCUCUUCUUAAACUGUACCAACAAUAUAUUAUGCCUCGAGCUAAACGAUCAGAGCGUCCAUUAUCGAUGCAAUUGCAAGCUAGAAAUCAAUCUGAUCAUUCACUUACUACGCCAUCCACAAAUCAAGCGGAUAAUUUAUGCAACUCUCAGCUAUUUACGACAGGUGAAGCGACUGCCAACUGGAUCAAUGAUGAGGAUUCUACGCUUGGUAGAACUUCCAAUCGUCAUGAUGUUCAUAAUGGCGAUCUAACAAGUGAUUUUAUUGACAAUACAAGUAAACCUAAUCAUCAAAUCAAUAGUCAACGCAAGAGGGCACUGAAAGUCGUGCAACAGGGAACAAUGGCCCCUGACGACAAUCCAAAAGAAGCUAAGAUUGUGAGGAUGGCAGAUAACACUAAUAUUACAAUAAAUCGAACUAGCACCUCUCAACAAUUUCCAUCAACCUCUAGUCCUAAUAAUAAUAUGAAUCUUGACGGGCCUUCAAGUGUACAUGCGAAGAGGAAAGCGCUUACUCCAAAAAGGAUGAGGCACCGCCGAAAAAAUUAUCCAAAGCUAAAGUCAUUACCUGGCCUUAGCGUGAGGAGCUUUGAGAUGCGAUGCUAUAGUGUAUCUGUCUAUCUAUCAGAAUAUGAUUGCUUAAAAAUGUAUGAAACUCUUAUUGUAAAAACAUUUACCAACUUUUAUCAUGUACUGCGUCAAUCAAGGAAAUGA